AGCACUCAGCCGCUGCGAAGACAGGGGGCUGCUUCCCUGGGCGGGCGCUGGCAACGCUGGAGGAUGGUGCGCGGACACCACUGUGGGCCCUGCGCCCAGGCCAGCGUGUGCUGGCAAUGGACGGGGCAGGCAGACCCACCUACAGUGACUUCCUGACUUUCCUGGACAAGAAGCCCCAUGCCCUCGCCUCCUUCCACGUCAUUGAGACACAGGAGCCGCCGCGACGCUUGGUGCUGACACCCACCCACCUGCUCUUUGUGGCUGAGAACUCCUCGGUGCGCCCCACCUUUGCCAGCCAUGUGCGCCCUGGACACUUUGUGCUGGUGGUGGCAGAGGGGGGUGGCUUGCAGCCUGCCAAGGUGGUGGCAGUGCGGGACCGCAGGGAUGUGGGCACCUAUGCCCCGCUGACGCGUCAUGGGACGCUGGUGGUGGACGGUGUGGUGGCCUCAUGUUUCGCCCUGGUGCAGGAGCAACAUCGUGCCCUGCUGUCUUUCUGUCCACUCCGGCUCUACCACAGCCUCGUGGGGUGGCCAGGGGUACAGGGGGAUGGCGUGCACUGGUACUCAGGGCUGCUCUACCGCUUGGGAAGGGUGCUCCUGCCCCCUGACAGCUUCCACCCACUGGGGGUACCCGAGAUGGAAAGCUGA